UGCGUGUGUGUUGUUCCUCCCUGUGUUUCAGACUGCGCGCGGUGUGUUUGAAGCAAUGUUAUGGACACAAAACCCGACUGAAGUGAGCUAACUCCUGAACCUAUCGGCUAGCUUGCGAGCUACCUAACAUUAGCUUAGCGGAGAGCGGCGGUUUGUGUGUCCUCGCGGAAACGAUCGAUCGCUGCUCUGACAUGUUUGUUUUUUUAACGCCAGUCGCUCCGACGUCCGGCGGGUGUUCCGGUGUCGCGGUUGGCGUCAAGUCGGUGGACACAAAACGCAAGUUAUAGCCAGCUUUGUGGCGCAACACUGGCAGCUUCUCGCAGUGUUGGCAUGUGCUGCUUCAAAAACAGACAAGAUCCACCUUUGAUUCCAUGCCAACUUUCAUCAGGUCCGACGGUUGGGCUGCGCGAGCGAGUCAAGGAUGACGGAGUGGCUCUUUCCACACCUUCCUAUCUGGUUGGCCGACGCAGAUAAUCAACUUUCGGUUAGCUAGCUGAUGGUGUAUCUCGAUGGUGGCUCUCAACUUGCCCCUCCACCCUGCUCCUCAUUCUCCAGACUGUUCCCGUUGUUUAGCUUCCUCUUUGGUGAGCUGAGUUCUCUUCUGCUCACAUGCCGAGUGGAUAGUCGCGUAUUCGUCUGUAUUAGCACUGCGUGAUGAGAUGUAACGGGGUGGAGUCCAACCCUGUUCUCAUUGUGUGAGUAGAUGGUAUUGAUUGAGCAGUGACUCUGUGGGCUGGUAAGCUUAGUUCCCCAAUGGCAGCAGAUGGAGGCAGUGAUGAUGAUGUCAUUCACCUGGCAAGCUUCAACGUCCACCGCAGCCAAUGCUCCCGUUCCCGUAAGAGGGAGCUCAUCACCAUUUCAGACGACUCGGACGAGGAGCCCGUGACUCUGAUACCCGGCAGCCCGGUUCUAGUUCCAGACAAUGCAGAUGACGACAUCAGCAUAUUGGAGCCGCUAACUCCUGCACGCAGACACGUGAUCCGCCCGGCAGCGAAAUGGAGCGGGACCUCGCACAACCCGAUUCCAGUCGCAGGUCACAGUAGCGCCGCGUCCGGGCACCCUGCAUCUGACCCGUCUGCCUCCAGAGAUGCCACGGUCAACUCCUCCCCGGUAAAGCCAGCCAUACGGACACAGACACCGGGGCUGUCGAGCACUUCUGGACACGCACGGCCACAACCCGGCUCGUCAUCGCACACCAUGUCUCAGCCAAAAUGUUACGCAAACUCGCAACAGGACGGUACGUCGGCGCGUACGAAAGAGGAGCUCCAUGAAGUUUCUAUCCAAACCCCAUCUACCUCCACAAAUGCCAACACGUCCAGAGCACCUAUACCUGUACUUCGUCAGCCUCGGCCCGGCACGUCCGGGCUUAUGCAGCCGCCAGCCGGCUCUUCAGAACUCGUACCGGCGGCGGAGCCCCAGCCGAGCACCUCUAAAAGGGCCACGCAAUAUUCUUGUGUGAUUGCGUUAAGUUCUUUUACCAAGACUCAAGAAACGGCCAGUACAAGCACUCAGUUACAAGACAAUCCUCAGGCCAGUACUUCAUCUGCACCGUCUCUGCUCCGCACGCGGUCUCAGUCCGGUACGUCGACACCGCUCCAGUCCAGAGGGGCCGCGAUCCUGCAGCCGCGCCCCACACAGGAGGAGAAACUAGUCGUUCUUCCCCAGCAGCCGAGCAUCCACGCCUCCGCUCUCAAAACCCAACCCCAACCCCAACCCCAACCCCAGCUGCAGCUCAGGCCCCAGAACCCACUGCAGCCCGCGUCGCUCCAUCCAAUGCAGUGCAAUCUCAUUCCGAUUCAACCGCAGCCCCCGGCCCCUCCCCCGCCUCCAGUCCAGGCCCCUCAACAGCCUCAGGUGAUACAGGUGGUCCCCCCUGCAGUGCUAAUAGCUGCAGCACCGGAGAGACUCGGCCCCCCGGAGGCGGGUCACCGGAUCAUCCUGGGGAGCCAAGCGCCCGAGGAAGCGGUUCCCAAUCCUCCGCCACAGGCCGGUGCCUCUGGCGUGCUCCCGGCGGCCCGCGGCCUUCACAUCCGGGUGUCUCACGUGAACUCCAACCUUCCCGUUCCCCCAGCGGCCGCAGCUUCAGUCCCACACAACGGUCGCCUUCUGGCUCCCGCUCCAAACCACCCAGAAAGAGUCAACCCCGCCCCCGGUCUGGUCGCCGUCCCUCCUGCAGCGGAGGACGUUCCCCGGAUAGAAGACGCGAGGCCGGGUCCCUCGGCGCCGCAGGGGAGAGCGGAGCUGCCGCCCCACGUUAGAGCCCUCAUCACAGGGGUUCUGGAUCUAUUCCCAGAUGUCUACGAAGCCUAUGUAGCAGAAUUGAUCCAGACCAAUAACGUGGUGGACUUGAAUGUUAUCUGUAACCUGCUGUUGGAGAACCCUGAGUACCCGAGGUGGGGUACUGCAGCCGCCACAGCAGCUCCCACCAGCAUCCUACUGGAGUGUGGAGGAACCGAGACAGAGGUGACCGAGGACCUGUUCGACUUCACCAAACUGGGCGCAGUGGGGUCGGAGGCGGUGAUGCAGGCCGCCGACUUGCUCAUGGCGGAUUUCCGGAUGCUCAGCUGUCAGGACAUCAAAUGGGCCCUCAACGCUCUGAAGGGACACUAUGCAAUCACACGCAAGGCCUUAUGGGAAGCUCUGAAGAAGUGGCAGGAUUCGGGCGACCCCUCAGGAAGGAGACGACGGAGCAGAGCCUCCUCCUCGGAGCGCUGCUGCGUCGACUUCCACUUCGAGCGCGGUUCGGUGAAGUUUGAAAAGAAAAUGUAUUUCUUGGUGAACGACCGCUGCAACUGCAAAACCGACAUGAUCCUGGAAGCCUCCUUGCAGAAGGAGCUUUCAUUCUAUCUGCAGAAGGCCAAGGAAUGGGCAGAGCAUGAGGACUUCCUCCUGGCUCUGCAGGUCAAUGAGGAUGAAUACAAGAUGGACGGCCAGCUGAUCGAGUGCGGCUGCUGCUACGGGGAGUUUGCGUUUGAGAAGAUGACGCAGUGUUCAGACGGACACCUGUUCUGUAAAGAGUGCCUGGUCAAAUACGCUCAGGAGGCCGUGUUCGGCUCCGGGAAUUCGGAGCUGAGCUGCAUGGAGGGAGGCUGCCCGUGCUCCUACCCGGUGUGUGAGCUGGAGAAAGUCCUCCCGGAGAACAUACUGUGUAAAUACUACGAGAGGCAGGCGGAGGAGGCCGUCGCCGCCACCUGUGCUGAUGAACUUGUGCGGUGCCCGUUUUGCAAUUUCCCAGCCUUGUUGGACAAAGACCGGUCUCUGUUCAGCUGUCCCAACCCCCGGUGCCGCAAGGAGAGCUGUAGGAAGUGCCACGUCCAGUGGAAGCAGCACGUGGGGAAGACGUGUGAGCAGGUCCUGGAGAAGGACGAGAUCCGCAUGAGGGUGCUCUUCGAGGAGCGCAUGACGGCCGCCCGGGUGAGGAAGUGCGUGAAGUGCGGGACGGGCCUGGUGAAGUCCGAGGGCUGCAACCGGAUGCCGUGCCGCUGCGGCAGCUUCAUGUGCUACCUGUGCAGGGAGCCGAUCACGGGCUACAACCACUUCUGCCAGCACGCGCGCUCCCCCGGCGCGCCCUGCCGGCAGUGCCGCAAGUGCUCCCUCUGGACGGACCCCACGCAAGACGACGAGCGGAUCAUUCAGGACAUCCAGAAGGAGGGCGAGGCGGAGCUGAAUAAGAAGUCUUUAGAUAAUCCGGGGAAGCGGGUCGGCCCUCCUCCGGAGCCCAUCACCGAGGCCAAGCGGCCGUGCGUGGGCCCCCUGCACGAGAACCCCCCGCACCCUCACCCCGCGGCCCCCCCCCCCCACCCGCAGGCGGUCCAGGCUCCCCUGUUCGUGCCGCCGCGCGGCCGCUACCCGCCGCCCCAGGCCGGCAUGUACCACCAAGUGAUGAUCCCCCGGCUGCCCCCGGCCCCCUACGUGCCCCCCCUACAGCACCUGCCCCCCCUGAACAACAACAACAACAACCACCCGCCAGUCAACCCGCUCCACCACAACUUGGACAUGAUGGACCUGCCCAUGCACUACGGACCCCCGCACCGCUUUCACCGCCGCUUCUAGCGGCUCGCCCUCAGACCGCGAGCUCUUCGUCACCGGCUGGUUGUUGACUCUUCGUCACCGGCUGGUUGUUGACUCUUCGUCACCGGCUGGUUGUUGACUCUUCGUCACCGGCUGGUUGUUGAGCUCUGAUGUUUUGUAUCUUUCUGUUUGCGUCGCCGUUUUCUACUCCAUCGCGUGUGUGUGCUCACGCCGGAGGGGGCGGGGCUUCACUGAAAUGACGAGCGCACCUGUGACGCUUUGCCUUCGAUACCGGAGAGCCACGUGUUGCUCCUCUUCCGUUUGUACGUCGCGGUGGAGAUGAUGUGUGGUCCAGAGUCUCGAGCAGACCAGUUUAUACGAUAUUUUUGAGUACAUAAUUGAAAGAAGAAACACACGAGCAUUCCUUUGUGUAACAGGUGAGAGACCACACCGUUUUCUAAUAAAGUUUAUGUUCACUUUUC